CUGUCGGAGACGUUUCAUUCCCCCGACGCUUAGUGGCAAUCUCGUAGAUACAUUCGUAAUCGAUGGGCGUUCAAUUCGUGCGUGCGCUUAUAAUAAAAAGUCCACCGCGAAAGUACCCAAAAACUCAACUCAUCUCAUAAUUAUUCUCUCGGAAGAAGAAACCAAAACCCAUUUUUGUUACCUCUUCCCUCAAUCCAUAAGUCAAAAAACAAAAAGCUUAAGAGAACUGGUUGGAGGAGAUGGGCUCUGAAGGACCAAAAGCUGUUACGAUUCACGUGACUGGUUUCAAGAGAUUUCUUGGCGUUUCCGAGAACCCUACUGAGAAAAUCGCUAAUAAUCUGAAAUCGUAUGUGGAGAAACGAGGGUUGCCUUCUGGGUUGAGUCUUGGUAGCUGCACUGUUCUUGAGACUGCUGGGGAAGGUGCAAAGUCUCAGCUUUAUCAGGUUUUGGAGUCUAGUGUUACUGUCUCUGAGGAUAAUAAGAACAGCAACGGAACCGUUGUUUGGCUUCAUCUUGGAGUGAAUAGUGGAGCGGAAAAAUUCGCAAUUGAAAGACAAGCAGUGAACGAAGCUCAUUUCCGUUGUCCUGAUCAACUAGGCUGGCAACCACAGAGGAUUCCUAUAGUUUUUGAAGAUGGAAGUAUUUUAAAGGCAAAAGAGACUACAUGUUCAACAGAGUCCAUAUUUAAUCUACUGAAGAACAAAGGCUUCGAUGUUGUUCAAUCAGACGACGCUGGGCGGUUUGUGUGCAACUACGUCUACUAUCAUUCCCUCAGAUUCGCUGAGCAAAAGGGACACAAGUCACUCUUCGUCCACGUUCCUUUGUUCUCCAAAAUCGAUGAAGAUACUCAGAUGAACUUCGUGGUCUCUCUCUUGGAGGCUAUCGCAGCUACUUGCUAGUGUACUAUGCCAAUGUGUAAGUAUAAUGUAUAUCCUUCUACGAAGCAUUGUGUUCUUUUGUUGGGGAGGGAGGGAGGGAGGGGAGUGUGGUGGCAUUGUAGCUUGUGUUUAAAAAAAAAAAAGACAAUUGCUUUUGGCUCUGAAAGAGCUUUUUGUGAUAAAAAUAAUUACUCUCUUAUUCAAAAAUGCCAAAGGUUGGAUUUUAAUGUUAUUUUUCUUUCUGUA